AUGCAUCAUUUUGGAAAUAGAGGAUUUGGUGGCCCUCCUCAGCCUCAAAGGCAGGGAGGGCGUCGCGGAAAUAGGGGGGGCGGUUUUCGAGGUGGAAAUAAUUCGAGAUUUGAUCACAAUCAGAGAAAUCAACCUCAUGGAGGUCAACGCCCAAUGAAUGAGCCAGUGCAUCCACCCAAACCACUGCAACAAGACAAGCCUCCUCAGCAGCAACAACCUGUCCCACAACAACCAAAAGAGAAAGAAAGCCCUAACCAACCACAAAAUCAACCGCAGAAUCAAAAGCCCAGCUCCCAACAAAAUCAACAGAAGCCCCAAGAACCUAAGCCUGUUCAAAAUGUAGUUUCAAAGCAAGAAUCUAAAGACAAUGUUGAUAAAAGUGUUCCUACAGAACAGAAGAGUAUGAAUAACAUUAGCAAUCAACCAAAUUUCCAAAAGAAUGUUAAUGGUAAUUUUGGUGGGCCUGGGAAGCAAGGAGGCUCAUGGAGUCAGGGUAAUCCUGGCAUUAAACAAGGUGGUAAUAAUUUUGGCCAACAGAGGGGACCAAGAGAUUUCCAAAAAACUGGUCCAGGUCCACAGCCAGGACAGGGCCCACCACGCAAUCAACAACAGAGACCAAACAAUCGGGUUGGUGGACAGUUUGAUGGAAAACCAGUUCAAAGAGAGGAACACAUGUUGGCAAAUAAACUUAAGGAACUCAUGGGACCGUUAAUUGAUUUGCCAUCCAUUGAACAACCAGAAGUUAAAUUUAAUGGAAGAAGUAGAUUGUACAUUGGCAAUCUCUGUAAUGAUGUCACUGAAGAAGAGUUACUUAACCUUUUUGGACAGUUUGGUGAAACUGCAGAAUUAUUUUUAAACAAGGAAAAAAACUUUGGAUUCAUCAAGAUGGAUUAUAGAGUAAAUGCAGAAAAGGCCAAACGUGAGUUGGAUGGAAAAAUGAAGAAUGGAAGAACAAUGCGGGUUCGAUUUGCACCCCACAACAGUGCCGUACGCGUUAAGAAUCUCCCACCAUUUGUUUCAAAUGAACUUUUGUACAAGGCGUUUGAAAUUUUCGGCAAAAUUGAAAGAGCCUUUGUCAGAGUAGAUGAAAGGGGCAAAACUUUAGGAGAAGGAAUAGUUGAGUUUGCGCGUAAACCUAGUGCAUUGGCUGCAAUCAGAAAUUGCUCUGAGAGAUGCUUCUUCCUUACAUCAUCGUUACGUCCCGUUAUUGUUGAAAACUUAGAAGAGCCUGACGAGUUUGAUGGAUUCCCAGAGAAAAAUAUUCCCAAGAAACACCCUGAAUUCUUGAAGGCUCGUGAGGUUGGACCUCGAUUUUCGGAAUCUGGAAGUUUUGAGCAUGAGUAUGGCACAAGAUGGAAGCAACUACACGAACUUCAUCGGCAGAAGGAGGAGGCUCUGAAGAAGGAGCUAGCAGCUGAAGAGGAAAAGUUAGAAGCACAGAUGGAAUUUGCAAAAUAUGAGCACGAGACUGAAUUACUGCGAGAACAACUGAGGCAACGUGAGCAAGACCGUGAGAGGCAAAAACGCAGUUGGGAAAUGGCGGAGAGGGCGGCGGACGAGCGACGUGAAGCCGAACGCAUGCAACUUAUGCGCCAUGAGGAAGAGCUGUCCCAGCGCAUGCGUCUGCAAGAUGACGAGUUGCGUCGCCGGCAACAGGAGAACACGCUAUUCGUUCAGGCCCAACGACUGAAUUCAAUGUUAGAUCGUCAAGAACAGGGCAUGUUUGACAAUCAACAACCAAUGGACGGAGGCUUCAGAGACCAGUUCGACAUGCCGCGAGGAGGUUUUGACGACAUGCCGCAGAACCGCGUUUGGGAAGGACGCCCAAUGGACGAAUACCCAAACAAGCGUCUCGGUUUUCAGCUAGAAGAGAAAUUGGAAUUUAUCAAAAGAGACUAUAAUCGGCUUUUUGGGACCUUUGCUGCGUCUUUAUCUCCAUUGAGUAUGGGGCGUUUCAAAAUAUUGGCAAAGAAGAAAAUCAACAUUUCACUUUAA